AUGGAAGGUGAUCUGGCGCCCCUCGAAAGAAUGAAUAUUUCUGCCUUCCCACGACAGUCCCCCCCAUCUCUUCCUCCUUCUCUCCCUCGUCCACCAUCUCAUCACAACAACAGCAGCAGCAACAACAACAACAACAACAACAACAACAACAACAACAACAACAACAACAACAACAACAACAACAACAACAACAACAACAACAACAACAACAACAACAACAACAACAACAACAACAACAACAACAACAACCACCACCACCACCUCACCAUGGCCGUCUCCUCCGAAGAAGUUUUACAGGCUCAGGUUGCCGAACUCCGUCAGCUUAUUGAAGCCGAGAUCGCCGCGCUCGAGGAGGCCAACGAGGCCUCCAAGAAGGACAUCGAGGAGAACAACGCCAGGAUUGCUGCGCUCGAAGCGCGCGAUGCGGAGUUGGCGCUUCACCCGGAGUUGCAGGCCCCUAUGGACAUUGAGAAGCUGUACGAGGAGGAUUUGGCCAAAGGCCAGUAG